CAGUCUACAAUUUCGUGUUUCUCGAACCGCAUUAAGCUGGAUAUUGACUGCACCGCUGCAAACACCUGGGUGGAGAUAGACGCUGUAAUGCUGUACGGCACAAAGGAGGAAGAGCAGUGGGUCUCUAGAGUGAUUGGGUAUUCGUCGCAGUUUGGAAGCGGCAAUUACGGGUAUACGUAUACUGCGCAGGCAAUAGUGGGUGCUCCAGAUAUGUACCACAUAAACGACGGCAUGGCAUGGGCCCCAGGUGUCAUCGACAAAAACCAGUUCUUAGAGUUCCAGUUCGCCACUCCUGUCUACGUAACAAAAGUCGACGUCUACGAGAUCUUCAAUGCUGGAAGUGUCAAGGCCAUCAAGUGCUUCGAUGUCUCAGAAGAGUGGAUAACGCUAUGGUCGACGGACCAAGUAUACGCUUUUGAGUCUGAGAGGAUAUUUAGUCCAUCGUUUACGUCUACACGUCCUUGUUUCUCGAACCACAUUCGGCUGGAUAUCGACUGCACCGUGGCAAACGACUGGGUGCAGAUAGACGCUGUAAGGCUGCACGGCUCCAAAGAGGCAGUGCAAUGGGUCAAGGAUGUGAUUAUGUAUUCGUCGGAGUAUGGACGCUACAAGUGGAGUGUGGACCAAACACUGGGUCUUCCAGAUGUGUACCCUGGAUACGCGGAUGACAAAAGGGCAUGGGCCCCAGAUGUCAUCAACGCAAAGCAGUUCUUAGUGUUGAAGUUCGCCACUCCCGUCUACGUAACAAAAGUCGACGUCUACGAGACUUUCAAUGCUGGCGGUGUCAAGGCCAUUGAGUGCUUCGAUGCCCAAGAAGAAACGUUUCCCAACGGAACAAUGACCGUUUAUAGGAGGUGGAUAAGGCUAUGGUCGACGCCCCAAGUAUCCGUUGUUCAGUCUGCGAGGAUAUUUAGUCCAUCGUUUACGUCUACAAUUCGUUGUUUCUCGGACACCAUUGCGCUGUUUAUCGACUGCACCGCUGCAAACAACUGGGUGGAGAUAGACGCUGUGAGGCUAAAAGGCUACCAGAAGUCGUGGAGUCGUCUUGCAAAACGUGAGCAUGUGAUUGAAGUGCUAGAAGAUGAGGAGGACAAGGCCGUUACAGCCGUUGAGUCCGCAGCAGCAAAGAUGAGCAUCAAGCAGCUACUCGCGCACGUUAGGAAAUAGACUGGAAAUCCGACUACGCUACCCCUACGACGACAACGGCAACUUGAAAAGUGAAGUUAUGAAAAAGAACAUGCUAAUGAUAUAAUCCAUCUUCAAAAUUCGUCCCAACUUUCGGGAGUCUAACCUCUGAUUAGGAAGGAGUGCUGGGACACACUCCGGGUCCUCACCUAAUGCAGCCUCUGGCGCGGAGGGACCUCAUAAACAUUGAAAUACACAAACACGGGCAUUGGUUUCUGACAAACACAUCUCUUGUUUAUAAAUAAAAUUGCAUUUGUA